ACAGCCUCGCGCAGCCGUCGUCAACACAACUGAGGAAGUAGCGAGAAGCUAACGCAGCUAACUAAGUGCUAAAACCGUGUUCACUACCACAGGUACUGGGUUAACUAGUGUUACGCUAGUCCUCGUUAACGAAGUAACUGAACGUCUGCUCGGUUUUAGUUGACGUGGAGCGAGAGGGAACAAUGUUAUAGAGGGAGUAGCCGUUGUUUGCUAACUUCCAAGCUAGCAUGCUAACGAUCAGCUGUUGUUGUGGUAUUAGAUAGCUGGCUAACAAGCCAAACUGCAUAGCAGAACAGCAGUCGUUGACACCAGGGUUUAAUCACAGCAGAGUUCCGCAUCGCAUACCGAAAAGUCGAGCUGCUCAGCUGUUUAAUGGCGACAUAUAAAGGUGUACCACCCUGACAGACUAAUCAGCGGUCAGUCAGUCAGCUGUUGUCCGACAGGCGUCGACUCCGUGUGGAAUUGAUCCAGCAGAGAGGUGUGUAAUUCAAUCAGCUUUACUGCUUCAAGAUGCAUGACGCCUAUGAGCCGGUGCCUAUUUUGGAAAAGCUUCCUCUUCAGAUCGACUGCCUUGCGGCCUGGGAGGACUGGCUGCUUGUUGGAACAAAGCCAGGGCAUCUCCUCCUCUACCGAAUAAAGAAGGAUCCAGGCACCAACCGGUUUGAGGUGACGCUGGAAAAAUCCAACAAGAACUUCUCAAAGAAGAUUCAGCAGCUUUAUGUCGUCUCACAGUACAAAAUUCUUGUCAGUCUUCUGGAGAACAACAUUCACGUCCAUGACCUCCUGACCUUCCAGCAGAUCACGGUGGUGUCCAAAGCCAAAGGGGCCACACUCUUUGCAUGUGACCUGCAGCAAACCAGCUCGGGGGAGGAAAGGCUGAGGAUGUGUGUCGCGGUGAAGAAGAAACUCCAGCUGUAUUAUUGGAAGGAUAGAGAGUUCCACGAGCUGCAGGGGGACUUUGGCGCACCAGACAUUCCAAAGUCCAUGGCCUGGUGUGAAAACUCCAUAUGUGUCGGUUUCAAACGAGACUAUUACCUCAUCAGGAUGGAUGGCCGUGGCUCCAUCAAGGAACUUUUCCCAACUGGGAAACAGUUAGAGCCUCUGGUUGCCCCACUGGCUGAUGGGAAGGUGGCUGUUGGGCAGGAUGACCUAACCGUGGUGCUCAACGAAGAGGGCGUCUGCACCCAGAAGUGUGCCCUGAACUGGACAGAUAUCCCCAUCGCCAUGGAGCACCAGCCUCCCUACAUCAUUGCGGUUCUUCCUCGGUACGUGGAGAUCCGGACCUUUGAGCCGAGGUUGCUGGUGCAGAGCGUGGAGCUGCAGCGACCGCGAUUCAUCUCCUCAGCAGGGCCAAAUAUUGUGUACGUCGCCAGCAACCACUUUGUGUGGCGCCUGGUGCCGGUGUCGAUAGCCAGCCAGAUCCGGCAGCUUCUUCAGGACAAGCAGUUUGAACUGGCUCUUCAGCUGGCGAAGAUGAAGGAUGAUUCAGAUGGUGAUAAGAAGCAACAGAUACAUCACAUCCAGAAUCUCUAUGCCUUCAAUCUGUUUUGCCAGAAGAGAUUCGAUGACUCCAUGCAGGUGUUUGCCAAACUUGGAACAGAUCCCACACAUGUGAUUGGACUCUACCCAGACCUGCUCCCAUCAGACUAUCGCAAACAGCUGCACUACCCGAACCCUCUGCCCACUUUGUCUGGGGCAGAGCUGGAAAAGGCUCACCUCGCUCUUAUCGAUUACCUCACCCAGAAACGAAGCCACCUUGUGAAACAGCUGAACGACUCUGACCCUUCUACAACGUCUCCACUCAUGGAGGGCACGCCGACCAUCAAAAGCCGCAAAAAACUGCUGCAGAUCAUUGAUACCACCUUGCUGAAAUGUUACCUGCACACCAACGUGGCCCUCGUGUCCCCCCUCCUUCGCCUGGAGAACAACCACUGCCACAUCGAGGAGAGCGAAUACGUCCUGAAGAAGGCUCACAAGUACAGCGAGCUCAUUAUUCUCUAUGAAAAGAAGGGCCUGCACCAGAAAGCUCUGCAGGUGCUGCUCGAUCAGUCCACCAAGGCCAACUCUCCACUGAAGGGCCACGAGCGAACAGUGCAGUACCUCCAGAGACUGGGAGUGGAGAAUAUGGGCAUAAUCUUCGAGUUUUCCCCCUGGGUGCUGAAGAUCUGUCCUGAAGAUGGCUUGAAGAUCUUUACGGAAGACCUGACAGAGGUGGAGACUCUGCCUAGAGACAAGGUGCUGCAGUUCCUGAAGGAGGGCUUCGAGGAGCUCGCCAUCCCAUAUCUGGAGCACAUCAUCUACAUUUGGGACGAGAAAGGCCCAGAGUUCCACAAUGUUCUCAUCCAGCUGUACCUGGGAAGAGUUCAAGGCCUCAUGAAACAGUAUCUCAACUCACUGCCAGAAGGGGUUCCAGCCGUUGCUGCGGGGAAGGAGAAGGGUGAACUGGGAGAGUUCAGGAACAAGCUGCUGUCUUUUCUGGAUAUUUCUACCAGCUACGAGCCCUCCAGACUCAUCAGUGACUUUCCCUUUGAUGGCCUGCUGGAGGAGCGAGCUCUGCUGCUGGGCCGGAUGGGUAAACACGAGCAGGCGCUCUUCAUCUACGUCCACAUCCUGAAAGACACCCGCAUGGCUGAAGAAUACUGUCACCGGCAUUACAACAGCUCAGUGGAAGGAAAUAAGGAUGUUUAUCUGUCUCUGCUGCGAAUGUACCUGUCACCUCCUGACGUCCACUGCCUGGGGCCCAUCAAGAUGGAGCUGUCAGAGCCUCAGGCCAACCUCCAGGCAGCCCUGCAGGUCCUGGAGCUGCACCACAGCAAACUCAACACCACCAAGGCCAUCAAUCUGCUCCCAGCAAACACUCAGAUCCGAGAGAUCCGGGUUUUCCUGGAGAGCGUCCUGGAGGAGAAGGCUCAGAGGAAACGCUGCAACCAGGUGUUGAAGAGUCUGCUUCAGGCCGAGUUCCUCAGGGUGCAGGAGGAACGGAUCUUCCACCAGCAGGUUAAAUGUGUCAUAACAGAAGAAAAGACCUGCAGAGUCUGCAAGAAGAAAAUAGGAAACAGUGCGUUCGCCAGGUAUCCCAACGGCGUGGUGGUGCAUUACUUCUGCUGCAAAGACCGAAACGUGUGUCCCACCGAGCAGUAACGGCCUCCUCCUACCCGGGACUAAUGAACCGCCCUCCCUGCUCCCACUGGACUUCACCGCUUGGACGUCUCUGAACCAGAAAAAAAAAACAAAAAACAAAAGCAAAGGUUGCUCAGAUAAACCAGAGCACCUCGACGUUUUUUUUUUUUUUUUUUAAAGAACCAAAACCUCCUCCUGAAAGCAAAAAAACUGCGACCUUCUGUGCAUGAAGUAACAGGAGGAAUGUCCGCUCGACAGGUGGGGAGGAGAUAAAGAAGAAACGAGGGGCUGUGACAUUUGAAAAGCAUGCGCCGCUGUAACGCUAGACGGGGAUUGGCUGCCCCGCGGUGCACGUCGGGACUAAAUGAGCGCCAUUGAGAGAAGCUGGCGCUCGGCGGGAGAUGAUUACAAGCCUCGGUCAGCGGUCGUCUUUUUGUUUUUUGUCCCCCUCCUGUGACACUGUGUUAGGCCUCAAACGAAGCUCGAUCCGCCAUAUAGACUCUGCAGGAGUUCUGUUAAAUAAAUGCCUUCUGUGACUCUGAAGAUUGUACUCACAGUGAAGUCAGAUGUCUUGCUGUUACCGGUACUGACAAAGCAAAACGCCUUCUUUUUCUUUUUCUGUCUUACAGCAUGUUUUUGAUGCAACUCCUCCAGCUAACAUUAUUCACAGCUGUGGUUUUUUUUUCUCAUUUACAGUUUUUACAUUGUUACCAGACUACAUCCACUCUUUUAAUGCUUUUUGGUUUUUUUGGACGUCGUCUUUGCAUUUGUUGUCUUCUUUAUGAAGUAGAAUUAACUUUUAAAGCAACACUGGGUAACUUUUAAAGUGGAAAUUACAGAUUUAGCACCAAAUUCUCCUUUUUCAGACUCUCCUGAGUAGUUUAUUAAUGAACUUGUGAAGAUAAGAAGCAGUUAUUUUAAUUUUUUUUUUUCAAUUAAAACUAACAAAUUUCAUCAGAUCCAGCUUCUGAGGUGCAACACUAAACCGAAUAUUUUGGGUUUUUGGAUUAUUGUUGGACAAAAAAAGCAUGUUUAACAGGUCAGUGUGGGUUCGGAGGAAGUGCAAAACAAUAUUUUUGACUUAUUAAAUAACAAUAAACAACAGAUGCUCUUCAUUACUAUGAAAGUAGAGAUGAGUCAGAGUUGGCUGCUGACUAAGUGAAGCUAAAAUGCAUUUAAUUGCUUCUGAUUUCAGUUUUUUGAAAUUUUGUGAGAAGAUUAUUGCAGUUUUUCUUCCUUCAAAAGUUACCCGGUCUCGCUCUAAGACAGAUCACAAAAGUACAGCACUUUAAAAGUGGGUCGUCGUCCCGUUUAUUUAUUGUCGAAUCACACGUCUGCGUGACAAGAACUGGAAGUAAUGUGAAAGACUGGAGAGGUUUGAUCCAUCUGUGCGUUUUAAUGGCAAUAUUGUUAUGAAACGUGUCUGUUUACUGUCUGCCUGGGAGGUCAUUAAAGUAGCAGGACUCGUAAAUUCAAAAACUGAAUGCAAGCAAUGGAUUUUAUGAAGGAGUUUGGAUCCAGAGUGUCGUCACUGAGUCAAAUCUGUCCCUUUCACCGCUGGGCACGUCUGGAGGACGUUUUAAAUUCACCUUUUCCUGUAAUUGGUAGCGUCGUCUCCUGCUCCUUUAAACGCCACCUCUUCCUGUUAGAGGUUUGCACACGCUCUCUGCUAAGACUGUUUCAGAUUUGUACCACUGUGUGUGUGUACUGCACAAAGACCGGGAGUGCUGACGGUUAAUUUUCUCACUGAGGUGGUCUGAUUGUGAAGGGCGACCCGGCAUCCGUGUGUCUGGCUGUAAUCGGUAAUAAACGAGCAUUUCCACUCA